AUGUGGAGGCGGUUGACUCCCCGGAUUGCAUGGGCGGCCCGCGCUCCGUCGCUUGAUGCCUGCAGCUCGCUUUCGCCUUCGAGGUGUUCGGUGCUACGUAACGCGCAGCAAAGGCACCGCACAACAGUUGCAGAUGUGUACCUUGAACGUAUGCAAGAAUACGAUGUGGCUUCGUUUUUGCGCCUGCUGCGCACCGGGGUGUUCGAUUGCGGGGAUGACCUCCGCAGGAUGUUCUCUGGGUUCCAGCGCUACUUGGCACACUUAAAGGCAGAGGAAUUUGUUGAAAUGCUUGAAUUAUUCCGUUCACGGGAGCUGAGGGAGAGCGAGGGGGGUGUUGAUUUGCCCUUGCUGCUCAUCUGUGAGAUGAAUCGACGCAUGCUUGGUGGGCAAACCCGUCUCUUCUCUUUGCGACAGUGCCAACGCAUCUGCACUGUUAUGAAGCAUAUGAAAUUCAACCGGCCGUCGCAUAUAACGCCCGGUGGCGAUGGGAUGGUUGCCAGCCCCGCAUCGGAUGGCACAGCCCAUAUCCAGGAGGGGACGGACAAAAUGGUCUCCUCGCCAUCCGAUCAUAAAGAUGGUCACCCACAUCGCACACCCAUAUCGUGCCCAAAUGGCAAUGAAGGCACUGAUUCGAUUUGCACAACCAGUGAAUCGCAUAUUUCUUGUACUCGUGCAUCGAAAGAUGUACCUUUAUUCUCCGAGGAUAUGCAAGAGGUUACUGUCCCCGUAUGCGAGUGUAAUGUCGGACCUAGUACAACUCCGCGUGCGUGCGCCGCAUGUUGCGCCAAAUAUGGGCCGCUGCUCCAUUUACCGGGCUACGACCAGCUAUCACUGCUGAUAGUGUUGUUGGGGAGGUCUAUCGUGCUGCAGCUGUCCAGCGUUCGCAGGCUCCACGAGAAUGCGGUAACCGGAUAUUUGAUGCUCUCGUCGCAUCUGAACUGCACGCUAAAUGCCCACAUUCUACGAAGCAUCAUAGAGAGACACCAGGCAGCGCUGCUUAGGUCAAAAUCGCUCCGCAACAUUGCCAUCGCCCUGCACGUUGCCAAAAAAUGCAAAGUUCGUUGUGGAGGAUUCGAAAAGCGAAUGCGAUCUCGAUUAGCUGAUAUAGGCGAAUUCGAGGCACUAUGCGCUGGCGAGCGUCACCCCGUGGCAUUGCUGGUAGCGCUUAGCCAGUUGAUCGGCAGCUUGGUGUCGGCUAACGCACUGCCCAUAUCUCAGGAGGUGCGCCAGAUCGGCAUCAACAUCAUCACGUAUCUACUGGACCACUACGACAAGUUUUUCGGCGCAGAUUCCGUGCUGGACGAGGAUGUUGUGAGCAGCAUGAGGGGCAACGCACGACUCCUGGUAGACUACCUUGAGUCUAAAGGCGUGAACUUUGAACGCAUAUUUCUCGACAGCGACCUGGAGCGGCUAGAAUCGCUAAUAGUUUGCGGCGCCGUUGAUUACAGCAAGGACUUCCGCACGAGCGACUUUCACCGCCAGGUCGGCAGCACGCUGUCGUUGCUGGGACACGACGUUGAGGAGGAGGUACGCAUUGGUGCGCACGUAUGCGACAUUGUGCUGCGAAACGGAGGUACUGUAGUGGAGAUAGAUGGGCCUUACCACUUCAACACAUCACUCAACGAAAGAACGAACCAGCUGCUAAAUCGCAGCGGCGCCGACUACCGACUGACAUACACACACAAUUCAAAUGUCAAGAGGUUCAUGCUUGGGCUCGCGGGAUACCGCGUUGUGCACGUGCCUUUCUUCCGGUGGCCCAGCGGCAGGGAGGAGCAACUCGAGUACGUUCGCAGGGCUCUCACCUAA